GCCCCGGAAGCGGAAGUGUGUUUUCUUCUCGGAGGGCUGGACUACGCGAGUGAUGACGUCUCCUCAUUGGGCGGAAGGUUCGGUGGCAGUCGUCGGUGUUCCAGCUGGUGGGAGUUGGCUUCACGGUGCUGGGCGCUGGGCCCCUAGUUUAUGUAGCUGGGAAGUUGGGCUGCGGGGUCGUCCCUGUCCUCCUGCUUCCGGUGUUCCUGGGUUUCCUUCUGCGGCGCGGGGCCUCGCCACGGACUCGCCGGCCCUGUGGGGCCGCGGCUUGAGUGGUGCCUUCUGCGAGUCCUAAGUACAUUUUAAAACCUUCAAGAUGGUUCUAGCAGAUCUUGGAAGAAAAAUAACAUCAGCAUUACGCUCAUUGAGCAAUGCCACCAUUAUCAAUGAAGAGGUAUUAAAUGCUAUGCUAAAAGAAGUAUGUACAGCAUUAUUGGAAGCAGAUGUUAAUAUUAAACUAGUGAAGCAACUAAGAGAAAAUGUUAAGUCUGCAAUUGAUCUUGAAGAGAUGGCAUCUGGUCUGAACAAAAGAAAAAUGAUCCAACAUGCUGUAUUUAAAGAACUUGUAAAGCUUGUAGACCCUGGAGUUAAAGCAUGGACACCAACUAAAGGAAAGCAGAAUGUGAUCAUGUUUGUUGGAUUGCAAGGGAGUGGUAAAACGACAACAUGUUCAAAGUUAGCAUAUUAUUACCAGAGAAAAGGUUGGAAGACCUGCUUGAUAUGUGCAGAUACAUUCAGAGCAGGUGCUUUUGACCAGCUGAAACAGAAUGCCACAAAAGCAAGAAUUCCAUUCUAUGGAAGCUAUACAGAAAUGGAUCCUGUCAUCAUUGCUUCUGAAGGAGUGGAUAAAUUCAAAAAUGAAAAUUUUGAAAUUAUUAUUGUUGAUACAAGUGGUCGGCACAAACAAGAAGAUUCUUUGUUUGAAGAAAUGCUUCAAGUUUCUAAUGCUAUACAACCGGAUAACAUUGUUUACGUGAUGGAUGCAUCCAUUGGACAGGCUUGCGAGGCGCAGGCGAAGGCUUUUAAAGAUAAAGUAGAUGUAGCUUCAGUAAUAGUGACAAAACUUGAUGGUCAUGCAAAAGGAGGUGGUGCUCUCAGUGCAGUUGCUGCCACAAAAAGUCCAAUUAUUUUCAUUGGUACAGGGGAACAUAUAGAUGACUUUGAACCUUUCAAAACGCAGCCUUUCAUCAGCAAACUUCUUGGUAUGGGUGACAUUGAAGGACUGAUAGAUAAAGUCAACGAGUUGAAGUUGGAUGAUAAUGAGGCACUUAUAGAGAAGCUGAAGCAUGGUCAGUUUACAUUGCGAGACAUGUAUGAACAGUUUCAGAAUAUCAUGAAAAUGGGCCCAUUCAGUCAGAUCUUGGGGAUGAUUCCAGGUUUUGGAACAGAUUUUAUGAGCAAAGGAAAUGAACAGGAGUCAAUGGCAAGACUAAAGAAACUGAUGACAAUUAUGGAUAGUAUGAAUGAUCAAG